CGUCAGUCGACGUUCUGCGUCUAGGCGCCAUAGCACCCAGUUCCUCUCCCCGGCUUUUUCCGCUGUUCAGUGUGAGAGAACCACGUUGCUUCCCAAGAGUUGGGUUUUUUUUAUCCUCGGCCAGAAACUUUAUUGAUAGAACCACCUUGAGAAAUCCAGAAGACUGUUUGUGAGGUCCCAGUUCGGGCAACGGACCCUGCUCUGCCUUGUAUUGAAAGGGGGCAGGCAGAAUGUCGGAAAAACCGACUCGAAUCGCAAUCGUCAACCACGACAAGUGCAAGCCAAAGAAAUGCAGACAAGAGUGCAAGAAAAGUUGCCCAGUUGUUCGAAUGGGUAAACUAUGCAUAGAAGUGACCAGUCAGUCUAAAAUUGUGUGGAUAUCGGAAUCCCUCUGCAUUGGAUGUGGUAUUUGCAUCAAGAAAUGUCCAUUUGGGGCCUUGUCUAUUGUUAACCUGCCAAGCAAUCUGGAGAAAGAGACCACUCACAGAUACUGUGCCAAUUCCUUUAAAUUGCAUCGAUUGCCUAUUCCCCGACCAGGUGAAGUCUUGGGACUGGUCGGCACAAAUGGUAUCGGGAAGUCAACUGCGCUCAAGAUUCUUGCUGGGAAACAGAAACCAAACCUGGGAAAAUACGAUGCACCACCAGAUUGGCAAGAAAUCCUUACAUAUUUCAGAGGAUCUGAGCUUCAGAAUUACUUCACCAAGAUCCUGGAGGAUGACCUCAAGGCUAUUGUGAAGCCCCAAUACGUGGACCAGAUUCCGAAGACUGUCAAGGGGAGUGUUGGUGCUAUUCUAAGCAGGAAGGAUGACACCAAAACAGAAGACAUAGUCUGUCGGCAGCUUGAUCUGACUCAUCUCAGGGAACGGAAUGUGGAGGAUUUAUCUGGAGGGGAGCUGCAGCGCUUUGCUUGUGCUGUGGUGUGCAUCCAGAGUGCAGAUAUUUUUAUGUUCGAUGAGCCUUCCAGUUAUCUGGAUGUGAAGCAGCGUUUAAAAGCUGCCAUCACCAUUCGCUCCCUCAUUUCUCCGGACAGGUACAUCAUUGUAGUGGAGCAUGACCUGAGUGUGCUAGACUACCUGUCCGACUUCAUCUGCUGCCUUUAUGGUGUGCCUAGUGCAUAUGGAGUUGUGACCAUGCCUUUCAGUGUCAGGGAAGGUAUCAACAUCUUUUUGGAUGGCUAUGUUCCCACUGAGAACCUUCGCUUCCGAGAGACCUCACUGGUUUUCAAAGUUGCCGAGACUGCAAAUGAGGAGGAGAUUAAGAAGAUGUGCCGCUACCAGUACCCCAACAUGAAAAAGGCCAUGGGUGACUUUGAGCUGGCCAUUGUGGAAGGGGAGUUCACGGACUCUGAGAUCAUGGUCAUGCUUGGAGAGAAUGGCACCGGCAAGACCACAUUUAUCAGAAUGCUUGCUGGAGGAUUAAAGCCAGAUGAUGGAGGUGAGGUGCCCAUCUUGAAUGUCAGUUACAAACCUCAGAAGAUUAGCCCCAAAUUCAAAGGAAGUGUGCGCGCACUUAUGCAUGAGAAGAUCAGGGAUGCCUACAUGCAUCCUCAGUUUGUCACAGAUGUCAUGAAGCCAAUGUUGAUCGAGAGCAUCAUUGACCAGGAUGUUCAAAACCUGUCUGGAGGAGAGUUGCAGAGAGUAGCACUGGCUCUGUGUUUGGGCAAACCUGCAGACGUCUAUCUGAUUGAUGAGCCGUCUGCAUACCUGGACUCUGAGCAGCGUCUCAUGGCUGCGAGAGUAAUCAAAAGAUUCAUCCUCCAUGCCAAGAAAACGGCUUUUGUUGUGGAACACGACUUUAUCAUGGCCACUUAUCUUGCUGACCGAGUAAUCGUUUUCGAUGGAAUUCCAUCAAGAAGCACAGUUGCAAAUACGCCGCAGACCCUUCUGGCUGGCAUGAACAAGUUCCUGUCUUUGCUGGAGAUCACUUUCAGGAGAGACCCCAACAACUUUCGACCAAGGAUUAACAAACUUAAUUCCAUUAAGGAUACGGAGCAGAAGAGGUCUGGAAACUACUUUUUCCUGGAUGACUAGCUACAUUUCCUUUGCGCAUCAAAUUGACCUGCCAUGCUACGCAUCCCUCUACAGUCAUCAAGCAAAUCAUAUACUGUUUGAAGAGAAGAGGGCACUUUGACCUGCUGCUCAGCUGUGGGCUCUAGAAGGGGGCACAGAUCAUUGAGUUGAUGCUACUUCAGCCUUCACUUGUCCGCACUCAGCCAAUGCCACUUCUUGAGGAGCACCAGCAAGAGGAAAAUUGUUCUUAUCUUUCUAAUUUAUCAUAUUGGUUUUUUUUUUUAAACAGGAGGUAAUCCUCAUGUCAUUAAAUGCUGGCCACUUUUUCCUUCUGCAUGGCUGUCAUGGAGUGUAUUGUGAAAGAGCAGGUGUUUUUUGUACACCAGAGAGUUUGUAAGACUUCACUCAUGUCUACUGGUGUACUAUCAGUUCAGCACUCCUAUAUACCUGCCCUCACUAGUUUUAGCAAAUCCUUUUAAUCGGUCCAGUGGUCAGGGACAUAAAAUGCAAAUCUCUAACCACCAAAGGGUGACCAAGUAAUAUUACCGCUUCUUUUUCACCACCAAUGGACUGGCCUGACCUAUUCACAUUGAUUGUGACCUUUCCAAUUUACCCAAUACAAGGAAAAAAUAUUAAAAAUAUUACGAAUGAAGUGUUCAUUAUAGUACAGGGUGGGCUUUUUUAUCAUACAAAGUGGAGAACUCCAAACGGAUCAAUUAAUUCAGUCACCAUUGGCUUAGUUUGUAUGAGUGUGUGUGUGUGUAUGUGAGUAUUUAGACCUGAGUGGUCUUUGUUAAAGGCGAUCUCAUUUCUUGAAGACUGAGGUGGAAAUUGUAUCUAAACAAGUGAAAUAAAUCCCAUUUACACAGUC